UGUUCAAUAGCCGCUUUGUUGAGGAGAAGAAGCUAGGGGCUUUCAAGCGUUUAGCAUCAACAUAUUGAAUUAAACCGAAAAUUUAGAUAAUACAAAUCAAUUAUUGUCUUAGGAUAUAGUAAUAGUAAUUACUGCAAUUUUUUUUAUUUGAAAUUAAUCUAUGAAAAGUAGGAUGUUAGAAAGGUUUGGGAAGGUAACCUUACCCAACUAGUCAGGCAACGUGUUUUCCUGUCGUUGACUAGAAAACAAAAAACAAACAAACAAAAAAAAACGACUAGUCAAAACAUUUCUCUGAAGCUGUUAUUUAUAAGAAGGCAAAUUGACGACCAACGUGCAGUCCCCGAAGACCGAGGAGAUGGCGAGUUCAGUGGGAAAUGUGGCCGACAGCACAGAACCAACAAAACGUAUUCUUUCCUUCCAAGGGUUGGCUGAACUGGCGCACCGGGAGUACCAGUCAGGAGAUUUUGAGGCAGCUGAGCGCCACUGCAUGCAACUAUGGAGGCAGGAGCCUGAUAACACAGGCGUGUUAUUGCUUCUGUCCUCCAUCCACUUCCAGUGCCGAAGACUUGACAGGUCUGCUCACUUCAGUACCUUGGCCAUCAAACAGAACCCAAUGCUUGCAGAGGCCUACUCCAACCUCGGGAAUGUGUACAAGGAGCGUGGGCAGCUGCAGGAAGCCAUAGAGCACUAUCGCCAUGCCCUGAGGCUGAAGCCAGAUUUCAUUGAUGGCUACAUCAACCUGGCAGCAGCCCUGGUGGCUGCAGGAGACAUGGAGGGGGCAGUGCAGGCUUAUGUGUCUGCAUUACAGUACAACCCGGAUCUCUAUUGCGUGCGCAGUGACCUUGGUAAUUUGCUGAAGGCUCUUGGGCGUUUGGAAGAGGCUAAGGCUUGCUACCUGAAAGCCAUUGAGACUCAGCCCAACUUUGCAGUGGCUUGGAGCAACUUGGGUUGUGUGUUCAAUGCCCAAGGAGAAAUAUGGCUCGCCAUUCAUCAUUUUGAAAAGGCAGUGACUCUGGACCCAAACUUUCUCGAUGCAUACAUCAAUUUGGGCAAUGUUCUGAAAGAAGCCCGCAUCUUUGACAGAGCUGUGGCUGCCUACCUGAGAGCCCUGAGUCUGAGCCCCAACCAUGCUGUCGUCCAUGGCAACCUGGCCUGUGUCUACUAUGAGCAGGGCCUCAUUGACCUUGCUAUUGACACCUACCGCCGCGCUAUUGAAUUGCAGCCCCACUUUCCUGAUGCCUACUGCAAUUUGGCCAAUGCCCUGAAGGAGAAAGGAAAUGUUUCUGAAGCUGAGGAGUGCUACAACACAGCAUUGCGUUUGUGUCCAACUCAUGCCGACUCCCUUAACAACUUGGCCAACAUAAAGCGUGAGCAGGGCAACAUCGAAGAAGCUGUUCAGCUUUACAGAAAAGCCUUGGAAGUGUUCCCAGAGUUUGCUGCAGCUCACUCUAACCUGGCCAGUGUCCUGCAGCAGCAGGGCAAACUCCAGGAGGCCCUCAUGCAUUACAAGGAGGCUAUACGGAUCAGCCCCACAUUUGCUGACGCCUAUUCCAACAUGGGCAACACGCUGAAGGAAAUGCAGGAUGUCCAGGGAGCGCUGCAGUGCUAUACUCGUGCCAUCCAGAUCAACCCUGCCUUUGCUGACGCUCACAGCAAUUUGGCCUCUAUCCACAAGGAUUCUGGAAACAUCCCAGAAGCCAUUGCUUCUUACCGAACAGCCCUAAAGCUCAAGCCAGACUUCCCUGAUGCUUAUUGCAACUUGGCUCAUUGCCUGCAGAUUGUGUGUGACUGGACUGAUUACGACGAGCGCAUGAAAAAGCUCGUUAGCAUCGUGGCUGACCAGCUGGAAAAGAACCGCUUGCCCUCGGUUCACCCCCACCACAGCAUGCUGUAUCCUCUGUCUCACGGCUUCCGCAAAGCCAUAGCCGAGCGCCAUGGAAACCUUUGUCUGGACAAGGUACUCGCAAUGAUCAAAAUUAAUGCACUCCACAAACCUGCCUUUGAGCACCCUAAAGAUCUGAAGAGCAGUGGCGGUCGCCUGCGCAUCGGUUAUGUCAGCUCCGACUUUGGCAACCAUCCAACCUCUCAUCUGAUGCAGUCCAUCCCUGGAAUGCACAAUCCUGAAAAAUUUGAGGUUUUCUGCUACGCUCUUAGCCCUGAUGAUGGUACUAACUUCCGUGUGAAAGUGGUUGCAGAAGCUCAUCAUUUCACAGAUCUCUCUCAGAUUCCUUGCAAUGGAAAGGCAGCUGAUCGGAUUCAUCAGGAUGGAAUCCAUAUUCUGGUCAAUAUGAACGGAUACACCAAGGGAGCACGGAAUGAGCUGUUUGCCCUUCGCCCCGCCCCAGUUCAGGCGAUGUGGCUUGGUUACCCUGGAACCAGCGGCGCUCCGUUCAUGGACUACAUCAUCACUGACAAGGAGACGUCUCCUGUUGAAGUAGCUGAACAGUACUCUGAAAAACUGGCCUACAUGCCCAACACCUUCUUCAUUGGAGAUCAUGCCAACAUGUUCCCUCACCUCAAGAAAAAGGCAGUCAUUGAUUUCAAAUCGAACGGACACAUCUUUGACAACCGGAUUGUUCUUAACGGCAUCGAUUUGAAGGCUUUCUUGGACAGUCUGCCGGAUGUCAAAGUGAUAAAGAUGAAGUGCGACAACAACCAGGAGCCGGCUGCUGGAGACACAAACGGAGCCCUGUCCAUGCCUGUGAUUCCCAUGAACACUGCAGCAGAGGCAAUCAUCAACAUGAUCAACCAAGGCCAAAUCCAGGUCACCAUUAAUAACUUCACAGUCAGCAACGGCCUGGCCACCACACAGAUCAAUAAUAAAGCCGCAACCGGGGAGGAGGUGUUGCGGACCAUUGUGGUAACGACCCGUUCCCAGUACGGUCUCCCUGAGGAUUCUAUUGUCUACUGUAACUUCAACCAGCUCUACAAGAUUGAUCCUCCUACUCUUCAGAUGUGGGCCAAUAUCCUGAAGCGCGUGCCCAACAGCGUGUUGUGGCUUCUUCGCUUCCCCGCUGUUGGCGAGCCAAACAUCCAGCAGUAUGCUCAGAACAUGGGUCUGCCUGCGUCUCGCAUCAUCUUCUCCCCCGUGGCUCCCAAGGAGGAGCAUGUGAGGAGAGGCCAGCUGGCAGACGUGUGCCUCGACACACCUCUGUGCAACGGGCACACCACCGGCAUGGAUGUUCUCUGGGCUGGAACCCCCAUGGUAACUAUGCCAGGUGAGACUCUUGCGUCCCGCGUGGCUGCCUCACAGCUGAACUGUCUGGGCUGUCCAGAGCUGAUUCCUCAAACUCGUCAGGAAUACGAGGAUGUAGCUGUCAAACUGGGAUCUGACAUGGAAUACCUAAAGAUGGUCAGAGCGCGCGUUUGGAAACACCGAAUCUGCAGUCCCCUGUUCAACACCAAGCAGUACACAAUAGACCUGGAAAGGCUCUAUCUGCAAAUGUGGGAACAUCACAGCAACGGCAGCAAGCCAGACCACUUGGUCAAACACCUAACAGUGGAGACCAGUGAGACCGCUUGAACUGGAAACUAUUUUAACCCUGAUCAGCAGCAUAGUUUGAACGGUCAGGAUUCACUCAAGCUCCCUGCCCUUCAGUGACUGUUUCCAUAUUUCUCAUUUAUCCUAAAGGGGGGGACUCUUGCGUUGAAGGAGCCGACACACACACACGUUCACACUUGGCCUCCCAUUAUGUUGUCAUCGAGUCACACAUCUGCUGAGCCAGAUAUGAAGCCUGAGCUAUUUUCAGGCAGUUUGUCUGAGACUCUUUAUAUUGACACACUUGAUGUACUUUGUGAGCAUGAGAAGGUUGUGAAUACCUUUAUUUCCCUUCAGUACUUUGGAACAGUGGAUUUUCCUUUGAGUCCUGUCGUCGUGCGUACAGGACUAAUUGCAGCUUGUGGAGAGAAUACACAGCCAUCUUUAAUUGUUCUAUUUAGACAUGGAUUAAGAGUGUUGUAUGUUUUAAAACGGCGUUGUUGCUCCAUUUAAAUUGUAGGUUUCAUUGGCUUUAUCAAGCAACGAAUGAGACAUAAAUUGAAUCUGGUUUUUUUUGUGUGUGUGUGUGUGUAAGCUGUUCUUAAAUGGCUGCAACAAGUAAAUGUGCAAGUUUCCAAACACUUCCUCCCACACAAAAUGCCAACUUUUAAUAAUUUUGUCAAAAGAUUUGUUCAGUAGGUGUUGUCCUAUUUGUCAAACUGAGUUUGUCCUAAUUGGAUAAAAAAUGAGUUUGGAAAGCACCUGAUCAUCAGUUAAAGCAUAAAAAUGAUAUCUUAAUAGAUUUUGGGGUUUUUUAACACAAGCCAGGAAUUGGAUUGGUAAGUAUGUUCUGAACAGUUUUUGUUUUGUACUGUUUAACUGUAUGCUGUCGGUGAAGCUGCAAGUCUCUACAUAUAAUAAAAAAUAGGGAUUGAAACCAAAA